GUCAGAAUAAGUCGCGAUACUCUCCUAGAACAUAUGUGCUUCGUUUAGUGCUGAUAUUUAAAUAUAACACGCCGUUGAAGUCUCCAGAUAAAUUUUUUAAGUCGUAAAUAACAUUCGAAACUCGCAUGUCCACGAACUAAGCGGAGUGAUUACCGCGUAUUUUUCAAUUUUAAAUAACCGAUAUAAAACAGUUUUUAUCUUUAAGGACAAAUUGUAAACAAAAGUGAAAAUGUCGUUUUUCAAGAACAUCUGGAAAUCCAACUCCAAACAUCACAAACUCUGCGAAGAGUGGGCGCUCGCCAAUAGCCUGAAAGAGAACGGAGUUAACGGCGGCGAUGCACCCGAAACCAAUGAUAGUCAACCGGAGGGCCAGGUCACCUUCCUGGUCAAGUAUUUGGGGUCGACGCCGGUCGCCAAUCCCAAAUGCGAACAGGCCACCGCCGACGCCGUCACUGCUAUAAUCAACAUAGCCAAAGCUAGCGGCAAAAAGUUACCGCGCGUGGCUCUUAGCGUUUCCCAAAGAGGCAUCGAGAUGACCAACCCAUCGACCGGGGAGCAAAUCAUGGAAGUCUCCAUUUAUCGCAUCCCGUAUUGUUCGGCGGACGCCGCUCACGACCACGUGUUCGCCUUCAUAGCGACCAACAGCAACGAGACCAACGAAUGCCACGCCAUCCUCUGCGGAAAGCGCAAGAUGGCCCAUGCCGUCACGCUCACUGUCGCUCACAACUUCAACGCCGCUUUCCAGGCUUGGCAGUCGCGCGAGACGUCCCUGCACCCCUUGAAGGCCUUUAAGAACGGCGAAGCACCCGAUCAGCAGAAGGCCGACCAGGGGCAGCAGACUGCACAGCAGAAGUCCGAACCGAUGUCUCUUGAUGUGAACACGGGCGGGUUCCGUGGCAGCGCCCGCAGCUUGCUCAUCGACUUUUCGAGCGAAUUGCCGCCGAAGAGAUGCGGCGCGGAGUCUUUUGCUCACACUACAUGGGUUUCAUUUGAGGAUGAUCAAUUAGAUCAGGAAAAUGGAAACCACAUGAACUUGUGGGCUGACAACAACAGAUUGUGCUUAUAGUCACCUAAAAUGAAUAACCAAGAAAGAUUUUAUUAUUAAGUAACAUAUAAACAUAUCUGUACAAAAACAGUUAUAACGAUUUAUAAUAAUUUUAAUUAUUGUAACCUAA